CUAAAAAAGAUAAUGUAAUAAAUGGCCAAUGUGAUUGAUCUAGAUGCUAUAAUAUAAAAGCAAGUAAAGAUGCUUGCCCAGUUGACUUAAUCAUGACAGUCUUCCUUGGUCAAGGAAGUUUUAAGUUGUUAUAUAAUGGGGGAAGAGUGAUUUUAGAAGAUUUUGGAAAUGCUGGAUAUUACUUAGGCAGAGAAUGAAAUGAGUAUAUUUGUUUAGCAAAAAAUGUUAUUGGAAGCAGGAAAUUGUCCACCUUGACUAGACUAUAUGAGUACUCUAGGAGAAACAGAAGUUGAGGCAUAUUAGGUCCUGAAGAACAAGCAAGUGUUUAUAAACCAUGAGAGCCAAAAUGAGAAUACCAGUGUUGUUCAUGGGAGGUGAAUGGGUUCCAGUGAAUGAAAUUAUCUGGAAUACUUUCCAACACAAAUUGUAUACUGCAAUAUCCUACUUGCCUGUUAAAGCUUCAUUGCCCUCAGCCCUUGGAUUAUUUAAGGAUGACUCUCAAUUAGUUGCUGAUGGUCUUUGCUUCCUUUUUUGAAUAUUUUUUCAAAUUCCCUUUCAAUUACCUAUUUCUGAGAUCAGAGUUUUCCUAGAGAUGUAUUCUCUGAAGUCUUCAAUAACAAGAAUGUAAAAUCCAAUGAUGAAUAGUGUCAUCAUUAAUAAUUACCUUCCUUCACUCUCAGGAACACAAAAAUGUCACAGAUUUUCCUAGCCAACACUUUGCCAACUGUAUAAAGUGUUAUGUUAACUACAGCUGGGUCUCUGUAAAUACUUAAAACUUGUAUGAAAAAAGUAUUUCCACUGAAGUGAAAUCUGCUCCUGUGGUGAAACUAAGGAUUACACUCAGUCAAUCAGUAGUGCAAAAUGUGUACUGCAGUAGUAUAAAAUGUGAUUCUAUUCUCCAAGGGCAUUAAAAUCCACGGAAGGCAGAAAGAAAAAUGAAGACCUAACAGUUCUUAGUAUGGAUUUCCAGAAUCUGUUACUUACGGUUUUGAGCCACAUGAUGUCGCUCUGUACCAUAAAAUUGAUACCAUAAAGCAAAAAAGAAAGAAAGAAAGAAACUCCUCCUGUUCUUAUGGUAAAGAAGCUGCAUCCACCACUGAAAAAAUGGAGUCUGCAAUGGCACUGGACUGAACGGUCAGGAGGUAGUGCUUCGUUUGGAAACAAGACCCUCUUCAUGAGAACAAAACACUGAGGACAUGAGAUGGAGUUUUCCUGGGGAACUGGCCAGGAAUACCGGCGUCUGCUGCUCUCAAUUCUAUUCCUCGCAGCCUGGAAGGCCGGGAGCGGCCAGGUCCGCUACUCUGUCCUGGAAGAGGCCAAACACGGCACCUUCGUAGGCCGAAUCGCUCAGGACCUGGGGUUGGAGCUGGCGGAACUGGUGCCGCGCCUGUUUCGUGUGUCAUCCAAAGGCCGCGGGGACCUUCUGGAGGUUAAUCUGCAGAGUGGCAUUUUGUUCGUGAAUUCUCGGAUCGACCGGGAGGAGCUGUGCGGGCGGAGCGCGGAGUGCAGCAUCCACCUGGAGGUGAUCGUGGACCGGCCGCUGCAGGUGUUCCAUGUGGAGGUGGAGGUGAAGGACAUUAACGACCAUCCUCCUGUGUUCCCAGGAACACAAAAGAUUCUGUUUAUGGCUGAAUCUAGGCCGAUUGACUCUCGAUUUCCGCUAGAGGGCGCCUCUGAUGCAGACAUUGGCGCCAACGCUCUGCUGACUUACAGGCUGGGUCCCAAUGAAUAUUUCUCGUUGGAAAAACCAUCCGAUGAGGAGCGGGUAAAACGUCUUGGGCUGGUAUUAAGGAAACCUUUAGACAGAGAAGAAGCUCCGGAGAUUUUUGUGGUGCUUACCGCCUCUGAUGGCGGCAAACCUGAGCUGACUGGCACUGUUCAAUUACUCGUCAGAGUGCUGGACGCCAACGACAACGCCCCAACUUUCGACAGAACACUCUAUGAAGUGAAAUUACUAGAAAAUGUUCCUAACGGAACGUUGGUAAUUAAACUUAACGCCUCAGAUUUAGACGAAGGCUUGAAUGGGAAUAUUAUUUAUUCAUUCUCAGAUGAUAUUUUACCCACUGUGAAAUCCAAAUUCUACAUAGAUCCAAUUACUGGGGAAAUUAUGGUAAAGGGAUAUAUUGAUUUUGAAGAAACCAAAUCCUAUGAAAUUCUUGUAGAGGGCAUUGAUAAGGGGCAGCUGCCACUUUCUGGCCAUUGUACAGUUAUGGUGGAAGUUGAAGACACCAAUGAUAAUGCCCCAGCAACGGAAUUCAAAUUCUUGUCACUCCCAAUUAGGGAAGACGCUCCACUGGGCACCGUCAUCGCCUUGAUAAGUGUGUCUGACCUCGACUCCAGUGUCAAUGGGCAGGUGACUUGUACCCUAUCGCCCCACGUCCCAUUCAGGCUGGUGUCCACCUUCAGGAACUACUAUUCACUCGUUUUGGACAGCACCUUGGAUCGCGAGAGCGUGGCGAACUAUGAGGUGGUGGUGACCGCUCAAGACGGGGGGUCGCCUUCCUUGUCCACCACAGCCAGCGUGUCCGUGGAGGUGGCCGACGUGAACGACAACGCGCCCGCGUUCGCACAGCCCGAGUACACCGUGUUCGUCAAGGAGAACAACCCUCCCGGCUGCCACAUCUUCACCGUGUCUGCGCGAGACGCGGACGCGCAGGAGAACGCGCUGGUGACCUACUCGCUGGUGGAGUGGCGGGUGGGCGAGCGCGCGCUGUCGAGCUACGUGUCGGUGCACGCGGAGAGCGGCAAGGUGUACGCGCUGCAGCCGCUGGACCACGAGGAGCUGGAGCUGCUGCAGUUCCAGGUGAGCGCGCGCGACGCGGGCGUGCCGCCCCUGGGCAGCAACGUGACGCUGCAGGUGUUCGUGCUGGACGAGAACGACAACGCGCCUGCGCUGCUGCCGCCCGGGCCAGGCGGAGGACCCAGCGCGGUGAGCCAGGUGGUGUCGAGGUCCGUGGACGCGGGCCACGUGGUGGCGAAGGUGCGCGCGGUGGACGCGGACUCGGGCUACAACGCGUGGCUGUCGUACGAGCUGCAGCCGGCGGCGGGUGGCGCGCGCAGCCCGUUCCGCGUGGGGCUGUACACCGGCGAGAUCAGCACGACGCGCGCCCUGGACGAGGCGGACGCGCCGCGCCAGCGCCUGCUGGUGCUGGUGAAGGACCACGGCGAGCCGGCGCUGACGGCCACGGCCACCGUGCUGCUGUCGCUGGAGGACAGCGGCCAGGCGCCCAAGGCCUCUUCGCGGGCGUUGUCUGGUGCAGCUGGCGCAGAGACGGCGUUAGUGGAUGUGAACGUGUACCUGAUCGUCGCCAUCUGCGCGGUGUCCAGCCUGUUGGUGCUCACGCUGCUGCUGUACACGGCGCUGCGGUGCUCGGCGCCGCCCAGCGAGGGCGCGUGCGGGCCGGGGAAGCCCAGGCUGGUGUGCUCCAGCGCGGUGGGGAGCUGGUCUUACUCGCUGGAGAGGCGGCAGAGGUUGUGCUCUGGGGAGGGGCCGCCCAAGACGGACCUCAUGGCCUUCAGCCCCAGCCUACCAGCCUGUCCAGUAGUGGCGGAUACGGGCGAGCAUCAGGAUUUAAAGGAUGAUGGUCUUUCCAAAGUUCUAGAGCUGGUGGGCUCAGUAUUUUCAGCUCCUGGACUCUAG